UAGCGUUGACUAGGAGUGAAAAGGUGAGCUGACAUGUCUCUGUUUGUGCACCCAAUGCUAACUUGCCUCUAUUUCAGCUUGUUACCGUCUCCUCCAAGGACUCUCUUAUUUUUUUUUGGGCAAAUCGGACCCACAACGGCGAGCCUCGGUUUCCCGUUGGAACGAUUUGAACGGGAGACUACGCUUGGCCGGCGCACGAAUGGGAGGAAGCCCCCUCCCGUUCGUGCAUUUUUUGAAUACCUUCGGGGUGGGGAAAUUAUGAUCCUAUGAGCUCCAACUGAGCUGGAC